AUGAAGUCUUCAUUGGUUGUAUUGCUUUUCGCUCUUUUUGGGAUUUCGUUGGGCAAAAAACAGGGAGUUGCCGUCAAAGGAGGGCUCCUUUGUGAUGGAAAAGUUCUACCGAACGCCAAGUUACAACUCUACGACGUGGAUCGAAGUGAGUUUUGGUGUCUAUAGAGCUCCCAUUGCAACAAAAAUUUAUAUUUUUUUUUGCAAGUUCUGAAGGUUUUUCAAACAAUUGAAUUUAAUAUUUGAAUUACUACUUGUAACUUAGUUCCCGGUGACUCUGAUGACUUGUUAGACCAAGGAAUCUCUGGCAGUAUGGGACGUUUUGCCUUGGAUGGCACCACUUAUGAAGUUACGGCGAUUGAGCCCGAGUUGAGGAUUUUCCACAAGUGCAACAACAAAGGACCUAAAGUAAGAUCAUUUUUCACUCAAAACAACUCUUAAAAUUUCUUAUGCAGUAGCUUUCACCACUUUAUUUCCAAAAAAUUCAAAUUACAACCCAAAACUGCACCUUGUGUUCAGCUAGUGUAGUGACAGUGAGUUAGACUAUCAUUCGAAAGGUCGCGGGUUCAAAUCCCACUUGAAACAGAAUCAUCUCUAAUGCCUUUCAAGCAGUAAAACACGUAUUUUAGAACUGCUGGAGAAAGCUUGUUCGUCCCAUUCCCUCAUCCUACAUCUACGACAGCGAGGCGAACAAGAGAAUCUACGAUUUUGGACAACUCGAUUUACAUAUUCCUUUCGAGAGUGAGACUCAAGUUUGCGAUGAUUAA